UGGCACUUGACAUUUGAAUUAUUUGACAAAUAAACAUAACCCUAUUUCUUUGGCACAUUUUCGUAAACCCAGACGCAAAUUUGUAUUUCGUUUUUCGUUAAAUUUAGCUAAAAUGGCAAAAACGAAGAAAAACCCAGCACCAGCGGAAGCUGCAGAAACCUCCGAGAAAAAAGUGAAGUCGGUGAAGCGUAAAAAGUCCGAAGAAGAAGUAACGCAGGCGGAAAUCGCCCCAUCUGAUGAAACACAGAAACCUAUGAAAUCGUUUAAAAAGGCUAAAGGCGAAGGUAAAUUCAAUAAAACUAGCAAACAAGGCGACACGAUAAAUGCCAAAGGUUUCAAACACAAAAAAUUCCAAGGCAAACCAGAAAUAAAAAUCACAGAUAAAAUCGAAGACUGGAAGAAAUAUAAAGCAGAAAAAAAGGAAUUGAGAGUCAAACGAAUCAAGGCAAGAACUAAAGAUAACUUUGAUAGAAUUCAAGAAGCAAAAAAAAUGGGCGAGAAAGUCAGACUAAAAACUCUUAAGGAAGCCGACAGAAUUAAAGUUAUAAACCAAUUGCACGGUUUGAUAAAAGGCAACUAUUCAAAGUUUGUUGUGGCCCACGACACUGCAAGAAUUGUACAGUGGCUGUUGAAAUAUUCAAGCAAAAUUCUCGUACAUCAAAUAUCGCAGGAACUAAUUCCGGUCACUGUAGGCAUGUUACAGUCCAAGUACGGAAUUCAUUGUGUAAAACGAAUCCUAAAAUGUGGAGAAGAUGACGUUAGGGCUGCAGUUAUUGACCAAAUGAAAGGACACGCAGUUAAAUUAGCUAGCCAUACUAUAAGUGCUCCCGUGCUGGAAUAUGCCUUUUCUACUUAUGCAACUCCCGAGCAAAAACAAUUAUUGGUGCAGGAGUUUUAUGGAGAUCUCUACAAAAAUUCCAAAGAUCCUAAAGUAAAGCAUAUUAGAGAUGUCUAUUUUAAUAAUGAAAAUAUGAAAGCAGCUACGCUAGGAGCGUGCAAAAGCAACAUCAAAAAAGUCCUCAAUAAAUCCUUAUUGGAUUCCGGUUUGGUUCAGACAGUGUUGAGUCAAUUUUUACAAGAGUGCUCAAACGAAGACAAAGCGGAAUUAAUUACAGAGCUAGCCCCACAUAUUGUGGUUAUAAGUAAUAGUAGAGAAGGAAGCAAAGCUGCUAUGCACUGUAUUUGGCACGGAACUGCUAAAGAUAAAAAGAUAAUAAUAAAAUCCUUAAAAGAACAUCUUAUAGAGCUUUCAAAGCACGAAUUUGGACAUCGUACAAUUAUAACAUUAGUAGAUUCUGUGGACGAUACUGUGUUACUACACAAAGUUAUUUUAUCUGAAAUUUUAAAAAAUGCCAAAGAUUUGGCAGUUACUGAAUGGGGCAGGAAGGUUUUGUUGUGGCUGGUAGCUCCAGCCGAUUUAACAAUCUUCCAUCCUUACUUCAUAAAAGAAUUAGAUACAGGAAGAGAUUUUUCUAACAGUAAAAAAUCAAUUGAAACAAGACGACAAGAAAUUUUAGCUUAUUCCAUUGACACUUUAUUGAAUUUAAUUAUUGAAGAACCAAAUUUUUGGUUGAGCUCCAGUUCUCUGGCCAUGGAAAUGGUGGCCAUAUUAAAAGCUGGUUCAGGUGAUAAUUUAUCCGAGGCACUUGGCAAAAUAGCAGAAACCAUUAUCGAUGUUGACUGGAAUAUUCAGGAAGGCGAAGAAAAAUUUGCUGGCAUCGAACACGCAGGUCUUCAUAUGGCUUUGAAAAAACUUGCAAAGCAUGAUAAAGUGGCUACGGAAAAAGGAAAUGCUACAUUUGGGGCUCAGCUAGUUGAAGCCCUUACUAAUGAAGUGCUGAAGCACUGGCUGAAAAUCAAUAGGAGCUCCUUUUUGCUGGUGACAGUUUUUGAGAAUAACAAUGACGUUACGCAGAAGAACCUUAAAGCUAAAUUGAAACCUCACGUUAAAUUGCUCAAGUCGCAAACUAUUCCCGGCGCUAAAAUAUUGGCUGAGAAAAUGUAGGAUGUUGAAAAUAAAAUAUUUGUUUUUUUGGUAAAUA